UUGAUGCUGUAAGGCCACAGCAGCAAGCAAAAGCUAGCGUAGUCAGCCAACACGGCGGAAAGUAGCAUAAAAUCGCAGCUAUUAAGAAACUUCGCUGUUUUGUUUUUUUAUUCAACAAAUUAUACAGAGAAGCGUCUCAAUGCGUUGGGUUAAACGGGGCUAAAGUGACAUCCCGAGGGCCUCGUCGUCGUCUCCCAAGCAGCUUUCGAGCGAACUUGUCUGCUCGGUGCCAAACUUCGGCUCGCGGCGGCUCUCCGCGGGGCUCGGGGCGCGAGGCUCCGGCCCUGUGGAUGAGGGGGUAAAUUCCGCUCCAUCCAGGAGGAAGAAAUCCCUUUGAUGGGAGAAUCCUCUUUCCUGGUCUCUUGGGGUCAAACGUUGUGCCGUUACGAUGGAUGAGCAGGAGGCGCUGCAGUCAAUCAUGCAGGACCUGGCAGAACUUCACCGCUCCAGCCGUCCUGCCGGGUUCCUGUCGGACCCAUGCAAGCCCAAAGCCUCCUCGCCUAAGAAUCUGAACGACGUGAGGGUGAAGUUCGAGUUCAAAGGAGAGAAGAGGAUUUUGCAAUUCUCUCGCCCCGUCAAGUUGGACGACCUGAGGGAAAAAGCCAAGGUGGCUUUCGGCCAGGCCAUGGACCUUCACUACAGCAACAACGAGCUGGUGAUUCCACUCAGCGUUCAGGACGACCUGGACAAGGCGGUGGAGCUGCUUGAUCGAAGCGUUCACAUGAAGAGUCUGAAGAUCCUCUUGGUGGUGCUGAGCUCCUCGCAGAACUCUUCCUGCAACAUGGGCCUUCUGCCUUCCUGCGAGGAGUUGGACAACACAGGAUUCCGAGUCGCAGACAAGAAGAUCAUGCUGGCAUCGUCAGGUGAAACAUCAUUCAGUUCUUCGCUACUCUCCCAUCUCCUUUGGCACCAUAGUUUGAUUUUGUUUUUUUCAGGGUCUCAUUCGACGGACCGCAGCUCUCCUCCACCCGGUUACAUUCCCGACGCACUCCAGCAAGUGGCAAGGAACGGCUCCUUCACGAGCAUCAACAGCGAGGGAGAGUUCAUUCCGGAGAGCAUGGACCAGAUGCUGGACCCACUUAGCAUGAGCAGUCCGGAGAACUCUGCGUCUGGAAGUUGUCCUUCUUUGGACAGCCCGUUAGACAGCGAAUACCCAAAGUCCAGGAUGCCGAGAGCACAGAGUUACCCCGACAACCAUCAAGAUUUUCCAGAGUACGACAUCCCCGUCUUUGACAAGUCGGGAAAAGGCGGCACGUACCCGCGGCGAUACGGCGUUCCCUUCGGCCUGCAAGACUACAGCGACGGGAGGAAGACCUUCCCUCGCGCUCGGCGAACUCAGGCGCAAGGUCUGCGCUCGCCCGUCAGCAUCAGUCCCACCGAGCAGUCUCCGAGCACCAGCAGCGGCAGCAGCGUGUUCACCCCCGACCUGGAAGACGGCGCCGGGCCCGCCAGGCGGCCGCGAAGGGGAAGCGACAUCGAGGCCAACCAGUCCGCCGGCACCCCCGGCUUGUCGGUCAUGGACAUCAGCCCGCCUAGCCGCUCUCCGCGCGCGCCCACCAACUGGCGACUGGGGAAGCUCCUCGGCCAGGGCGCCUUCGGACGAGUCUUUCUUUGCUACGACGCAGACACCGGACGGGAACUGGCCGUCAAACAGGUCCAGUUUGAUCCGGAGAGUCCAGAGACCAGCAAGGAGGUGAGCGCGUUGGAGUGCGAAAUCCAGCUGUUGAAAAACCUUUGCCACGAGCGCAUUGUGCAGUACUACGGUUGUCUGCGAGACUCCCUGGAGCGAACGCUCUCCAUCUUCAUGGAGUACAUGCCCGGAGGCUCCAUAAAGGACCAAGUCAAGUCGUACGGCGCACUGACGGAGAACGUGACGCGACGCUACACCAGGCAGAUCCUCGAGGGGGUUUCCUACCUGCACAGCAACAUGAUUGUCCACAGGGAUAUCAAAGGGGCCAACAUCCUCCGAGAUUCGGUCGGAAACGUGAAGCUGGGUGACUUUGGGGCCAGUCGGAGGCUGCAGACCAUUUGCCUAUCAGGAACGGGAAUCAAGUCGGUGACCGGCACGCCGUACUGGAUGAGCCCGGAAGUCAUCAGCGGCGAGGGCUACGGCAGGAAGGCUGACAUCUGGAGUGUCGGCUGCACGGUUGUUGAGAUGCUGACUCAGCGACCCCCCUGGGCGGAGUUUGAGGCCAUGGCGGCCAUCUUUAAGAUUGCCACUCAGCCCACCAAUCCCGUCUUACCCGCCCACGUGUCGGACCACUGCAGAGAAUUCCUCAAACGUAUCUUUGUAGAGACCAAGCAGCGUCCGUGUGCAGAUGAGCUGCUGAGGCACAUCUUCGUACAUUAAGGUCCUGCCCCGCCUGCUUCCUCGCUCGGACCGGGAAGAAGGUCGGGCGCUUUGUAUAAAAUUGCAGAAUCAAAUCAAAUGUAUUUAUAUCGCUCUUAAUGGCAGAAAGGAGUCUUCUGUUUUCGCACCUUAAUUUCUCAAGAGGGGAUGAGUCAAGUCCCUCUCUUGUGACGAUCCAAACUCUUGGGAAACAUCUCCGUUUUUUUUAAUGCUAACGUUGUGCUGCGGGAUGGCGUCUACGUUGCGAACUCGACCCCAGAAUGUAGUCUCCUGCCUUCGAUGACCAGGCCCUGCUGCUGCUAAAACAAAACAAAAAAAAA